UGUGAGCAAAUUUAACCCAGAGACGCAGUUGCUGCUGUCACAGUUGCUCUUGGAUUCUACAUUGUGCGGAUCUCUUCUUUACACUGCAAACAUGGAUGUGAAAGUGAUCGUAAUAUUCGCUCUGAUGGCGGUCGUCAUUCAUGCACCGGUUUCAAAUGCCAAGCCCAUCAGCCUGGUAGAGAGAUGCUGGUGCCGUUCCACAGUCAACACUGUCCCACAGAGAAGCAUUCGUGAGCUCAAGUUCCUCCACACACCCAACUGCCCCUUCCAAGUCAUUGCCAAACUGAAGAACAACAAGGAGGUGUGCAUUAACCCAGAGACCAAGUGGCUGCAACAGUACCUGAAGAACGCCCUGAACAAAAUGAAAAAAGCCCAGCAACAGUCAAACUAAGAAGUCUGCCAGAUGACAAGAGAAUCUGACAGCCCACCGUCACAGAUAUGUACCAUAUAGUCCUCUGGCAUGCUUGCUGACCCAGCACUUAACCUGCCAAAUAUGCAUCCCCUGUAAAUGACUCAGCAAAAGACCACCAGACCAUCAUCGCCACCCAUGUAGUCUCCUCUGUUAGCGCCAAGUGCAAUUAUAUAUGUAUGACUGUGUUUUUUGUUUUUUUUUACGUAUGAUAUGUAUAUACAAUGUUUUUUAUAUCGUCUUAAAAACAGUAAAGAGAUAUUUUUGGAGUCGUGUUUGCUCCUUGUUUGUUGUGUUAUGUUGGGUUAGGCAGAACAGCAUUGAGAUGAUGAGGUAUAUUGGAGCAAACAUUAAAAACAUUAGUUCUGCCAAUUCGUAUGCAUGCAAGUGCUUUGGCACAAAAAGAAGGGCAUUGAUUUUUACCUUGAUUUUUGUUAUGUAUUUACCUAGUUCAUCAUUUAGUUAUCUGUAACAGCAUAAACUGCAUGUAAAAGUUAUAUGGCAUAUACGGAAAAUAUUCACUUGUUUUAUUCUUGGAAAGGCAGGGUUACUUUGCCGAACAUACAUAAACUAUUUAGACCUUGCAUAAACCCAAACGGGUUUUCAAUGACUUUGGGGAAUGUAAUUGACUUUAGUGGAAGGCAUUCGUGGGCCAAUAGAGAGUCUUUGCAAUGUUCUGUAGAUACCAAAACAUCUGUUUUGUUAAUUGACCGAUCUGAGUGUGCGUAAGAGACUCGGCAUCACAUCAUGCUAAAUGUUGCUUAACAUUCAGCAGAAAUAUGUCAUUAGAAACAGUUGUGCUUCAAAACCUCGCCAAUUAACAAAGAAAAAAUGUAGAGGUUGGAGAAUUUACAACCAAUUUCUGGAAGUACUAAUGGGCUGAUUAAUUCAUUCAAUAAUGAAAGCUGAAUUUGUAACAUUGUAGGCAAUAUAACCUUUAAGAAAAAAACAGCGUUAGUGGAACAUCUGAGUAGACCUUGAGACAGAACUAAUUGACGUAAUGACUACCUACAUAUAUAUAUAUAUAUAUAUAACAAUGCACUUUAUAACCCUUGUGACAUUUACAGAAAAAUGAUUCUGGAUGAUGUCCACUACAUAGUGAAUAGUUCUAGAGCCCAAAGUUUUCUGUGUUUAGACGUAGUUAUGAAUGUAUUGCCAAAUUUAUUAAACAUUUGUAUCUUCAGCAUCAGAUUUUAUUAUUCUGAGUGGGUUUAUUGUUUAAAUUGUUGUGGAUUAUUUCACAUCUAUAUUUAAGUCAGAUUAUUCAUUUAAACAUUAACAAUAGCUGAAUAACUGACAUGUACAUCCCACUUUUCAAUAAUAAAUACAUGCAAAUAAAAUAAAAAAAAUCUAGCUAGUAUGAUUUACAAAUAUCUGACUUUUGGCACAAAAAUAUUUAACCAGAAAAGACAUCUCAAAAUUCCCCUAAUCGAAACUAAUUUUGAACAGCUAAGUAUUGGACAACUGUUUUAGGAAUACACAUAAUGUGAACACCACGCACACAGCAAAGAAUGCCAAUGCCCUGUGCCCCUCCAAAGAAAAUUAUCAUAUGGAAUUUGUCUAUUACUACUGCCAAUUUCAUAAUGUUGAGCUGUUAAAGCACCAGGCCUCAUUUACAAACCCAUCCCCUCAGGCACAAAAUCUAUAAGGAAACAUAAUGCCUACCCUGUGCUUGCAUUGAAGUAUAUGUACUACAUGAAGGGUUAGAGCCCCCCGCUGUACAGCUGCAUUCCUAUUAACAUUGGGGGAAAAAACGAUAUCUUGCAAAAAAUAUCAUGCACUUCUUUGGAAAAAAGACAUUUCAGAAUGUAGUUACAUUUUUUUCAAACUGAAACAAAACAAUUCUCUCUGAAAUUGUCCCAGUGUGGUGAACGCCAUUAAAUUAAACAUUACCAUGAUUUAAUGUAAAAAGUAAGGGUAGCUAUUUUAUAGACAUUCCAUCAAAUUGUCAAUAUUUUCAACACUGUGUAACAUAGUUAAUUGUAGCAUAUAUAUACUGUCCUUCCAUUCCUUUUUCCCUCUUAAUGUGAAGAUUACUAUGUAUAUGGCAGCUUGUGACAGCAUAAAGCACAUUGUUCUUUCUUUUGUGAGUCUGUACAUUGGUUUUAGUCCCUAAAGUGUUUAUUUUGAAAUAAAUCAUUAUGAAGAA